UAGCCACUCAGUUGAGUCAAUUGACUAAAUCAAACCUCUAAAAUAUUCCUCAUCUUCUAUAAAGAAAUCUUCUCUGUGCUUCAAUAUUUGUUAUAAUUGAAGCUCUGAAAUUCUGUUCACUUAAAUAAUGGCUUCCACAAGUUAUAAUCAAACUCCUUCAUCUGCUACUUCAGCUUCACUCCCCACUACGUGGGACGUUUUCUUAAGCUUCAGAGGCAUUGAUACACGAUAUACCUUCACUGAUCAUCUAUACAAUGCUCUAGAUCGCAAUGGCAUUCGGACAUUUAGGGAUGAUCCUGAGUUACGUAGCGGAGAAGUAAUCUCAGAUGGAUUGCUCCAAGCUAUUCACAAGUCCAAGACUUAUGUUAUUGUUCUGUCUGAAAAUUACGCUUCUUCGCGCUGGUGCCUUGACGAGCUGGUAGAGAUUCUGAAUUGUUACAGCACCACGCAAAGAUCGGUGAUUCCUAUAUUUUAUAACGUCGAUCCAUCGGCCGCGGGGCACCAAACUGGAAGUUUUAGGGAAGCGUUUGAGAAACAUGAAACUCGUUUUGGCAAGGAAAGAUUGGACAAGUGGCGAGUUGCAUUGACCAUGUUGGGGAAGCUCUCAGGCAAAGUGUGUAAAAAUAUGUAUGAAGCUCAAUUUAUUGAAGAGAUUGUUGGUGAGAUUUUACUAGAAAUAAACCCCAAGACUUUAGAUGUUGCCAAAUAUCCAGUUGGGUUGGUUCCCCGUGUUAAAGAAUUAGCAGCAUUGUUGGGCAAUGGUACCGAAGGUGUGAUCAGAAUUGGUCUAUAUGGUAUGGGUGGAGUGGGGAAAACAACUCUUGCCAAAGCGUUUUAUAAUCACCUUUUGCAACGAAGCUUUGAAGGAUGCUGCUUCCUAGCCAACAUUAGGGAGGUUUCGGGAACAAGAAGAGGUCUAGAAUCUUUACAACAGCAACUUAUCAAUGAUGUUCUAAGAAGUAAGAGACAGACUAGAGUUUACAAUGUUGAAGAAGGAACUAUGUUAAUUAGAGAGAGAAUUUGUUCCGCAAAAAUUUUGGUUCUUAUUGAUGAUCUAGAUGACAUUAACCAAUAUGAGUCUUUGGUGGGACCUUUUGCUUCUGGAAGUGUUGUUAUUAUAACUACAAGGGAUGAAGAAAUACUUGAAAAAAUUGAUGUAGAGUCCAGAUACCGAUACAGAGUUAAUGAGCUAGAUGAUGCGGAGUCACUGACACUAUUUACCCGACAUGCAUUCGAAAAUGCAGAUGCUGACAACAGUUUCAAGCUAUUGUCUACAGAAAUUCUACGCCUUGCUGGUGGGCUUCCCCUGGCUCUGAAAGUUUUUGGCUCACAUUUGUAUAAGCGAUCCAAGGUAGGAUGGUUAGCUUACAUCAAGAAACUGCAGAAAGUUACCGAUAGCAGUAUUCAGCAAAGACUAAUGAUUAGCUUGGAUGCCCUGGAAUCGGAUGAUCCUAUGCUAAAAAAAUUAUUCCUUGACAUUUCAUGUCUUUUCCUUGGAUGGGAGAUAGAGAAAGUGGUUGAAAUAUUGGAAACUUAUUAUUCGGAUGCAGAUUAUUAUAUUGAUAUUUUAAGGAAAAGAUGUUUACUGUAUAUCAAUAAUAGAGUGUUGGGGAUGCAUGAUCUGCUUCGAGAUAUAGGAAGGGAGAUUAAUGGAAACAACUCACCUGAUGAGCCUGGAAAACAUAGUAGAUUGUGGGUAUCGAAGGAUAUAGAAGAUGUUUUGAAAAAUCACGAGGGAACAGAAGCAAUUGAAGUUAUCUUCCAUCGCAACGUAGGAAAAGAACAUGCAUUUGCUGCAGAAACAUUCAGAAGGAUAAGAAAAUUAAGAUUUCUUCAGCUCACCGGUGUAAAUCUCAUUGGAGGCUUUGAAGGCACACUUGAAAAAUUGAGGUGGCUUUGUUGGGAAUAUUGUCCCUUAAAGUGUUUCCCUUCUGAAUUUAACCCGCAACAACUGGUUGUACUUCAGUUGCCUUGCAGCAGUAUGAUACAGAUGUGGAAAUCAGACAAUGUUGGUACUACUUCACGGGUUUAUGAUAACCUAAAGACUCUGAACAUGUCAAAUUCUUCUUACUUGAUAACAACUCCAGAUUUUUCUGCGUUGCCGAGUCUUGAAACUUUAAAUUUCGAGGGCUGUGACAGCUUGGUGGAGCUCGACAUAUCAAUUGGAAGUUUAGGGAGGCUUGUUUUCUUGAAAUUGACAGGCUGUAGAAAGCUAAGAAGUCUUCCGGACACCAUUUGCAACUUGAGAGCAUUGGAAGUUUUAAAUAUUGGUGGAUGCUUCAGUGUCGAAGCAUUGCCAGAACAAUUGGGGAACAUUGAAUCCCUCAAAGAGCUCGAUGCACAUAAUGUAGCUCUUUCAAAAUUACCAGAUUCGACAGGACGCCUUAGUAAGCUUGUUAAGCUGAUAUUAACUUGUCACAGGAAGCCUAUGACAAUAUAUCAUAAGGACCAUCAGAAGCAUAAAACUCUAAAAACUCUUCCGGACACCAUUUGCAACUUAAGAGAACUGGAAGUUCUUAGUGUUGGUUAUUCAAGAGGUCUGGCAGCAUUGCCAGUAGAAUUGGGGAACAUUGAAUCCCUGAAAGAGCUCGAUGUACAUGAUGUUAUUGUUUCAAAAAUACCAGAUUCUAUCGGAUGUCUUAUUAACCUUGUUAAGCUGAGAUUUACCCACAACAAGAACCUUGAAACUCUGCCAAAAACCAUUGGAUGCCUGAGAUCACUGAAAAUUCUGGAUAUUUCUUACUGCAGGAGACUUAUUGCAUUGCCAGUAGAACUGGGAAACAUGGAAUCCUUGAAAGAACUCUAUGCACAAAGUUUGGCUGUUUCAGAAUUACCAGAUUCAAUUGGACACCUUAGUAAACUUGUUGAGCUGAGACUAAGUGACAACACAAAGCUUAAAACUCUCCCAGACGCCAUCUGCAACUUGAGAUCACUGGAAAUUCUUGAUAUUUCUUAUUGCAGGAGUCUUAUUGCAUUACCGGUAGAAUUGGGAAACAUGGAAUCUUUGAAAGAGCUCGAUGCACAUGGUCUGGCUGUCUCUGAAUUACCAAAUUCGAUUGGACACCUUAGUAAACUUGUUGAGCUGAGAUUAAGUAACAACAAGGAGCUUACAACUCUCCCGGACACCAUCUGCCACUUGAGAUCACUUGAAAUUCUGUACAUUGAUUCUUGCAGUAGUCUGACAGCAUUGCCAGCAGACUUGGGGAUGAUUGAUUCUCUAAAAGAGUUGCAUGCAAGGUGUAUAUCGGUUUCAAAAAUACCGGAUUCAGUUGGACGUCUGACUAAGCUUGUUAAACUGAUAUUACGGGGAAACAAGAAUCUUAAAACUCUGCCACACACCAUGAGCAACAUGAGAUCACUGGAAACACUGGAUAUUGAUGAUUGCAGUGAUCUGGAAGCAUUGCCAGCAGAACUGGGCAACAUUGACUCCCUGAAAGAGCUGAAUAUGAAAAAUGUUGCUGUUUCGAUAGUACCCGAAUCAAUCAGAUAUCUGCCCAGGGCUGGCUCGAGAUAUUCUAUGACCUAAAGUGAACUUCAGAUUUAUUAUAAAUAUUGUAGACCAUCUAUUUAGUUUAGUAACAUUGUCAAUUUAUAGUUUAUUAGUAAGACAAUAAGCAUUGUGGAACUUAUAUAUUAUUUCUGUAAUUCUUUGUGGAUGUAAGAUCUAUGAGAGAUCAAAUGACUAUUCUUUUAAUCAAUUGUGUUCAUGCUCA